AAAUAGAGCCAUCUACCUCGAUAUUGCUUAUUGAAGAUGUAUCAAAAAAUUCGAAGGAAACGACGACUGGCUUUAUGCCUUUGAAAGACGUUUCCUCGACAACAUCAUCGCAUACCCUGAAUUUUGCGCAAGAAAUCGGUCGCAUUCAUGAGCAACAGGAUCAGGGAUCUGACAAGGACGGAGAGUCUGAUGAUGAUUUCUUUUCGACCGAAGAGCGCGCAAAAGACGCACAGCUGGUGAGUCUGUUCUCAGCCGGGGAGAGGACAAAGAAACAACCCACUAGCAGAAUCACGGAAAAGCCGUUGAUCGCUGAAGUUUCAUCUUCAAUCCGUCCUGUGGCAACACACUUUUCGCGGCCAACACCGCUGAUCACCGAAAUUGCAUCUUCGUCUACGUCCAAAGCUCCUGCUCCAGCAAGACAAAAGGAGAUGGCGCUCAGCGACUACCGCCACCUGCGUGAAUGCAUGGAAGAAGUGGAGAAGAGUUUAGAGGGUGAAGCUACGUGUCACUCCGAUGAGCAGCAGAUUGAUAUGAAGCACCUCCUAGAAAGCACGAUUGCACUAUUGCGAAAAGAAGCCAAUGCUGCUAGACAAAAACUUCAACAGAGUCUUUGUGGAGGUGAGUCGUGUCGUCAACUGGGAUCAGGUGGGGGUAAUCGUAGUGGAUCGCUCUGCGGAGGUACAAAUAACCGUACCAAAAACGGGCUCACUGUCACUCCUGCGAUCGAAGCUCCUUCGGCUCCAUGGAUAGUCGAAGUAGACGGUAAGGAAAAUCGGGAUAGCACCUCUGGCGCUGCAGAUUAUACCUCGACCUACGUUUACACAGUGCAAACCGCUUCUCCGUACGUUUUAGAAGUUCACGACAGACCAGAGACGAGGACUCUCGAUACUAGAGUAAGACGGGAGCCUUCUUCAAGUUGUAAAACUGAGGACCUUGCGCGGUCUCUAUUGAGUGUUAGCAACGUCACGAACCGUUUUCCGGAGACCUCUGGAGUAUAUGGUGUGGCACAGGCGAUCCUUGGUGGUGGAAAUUCUCAUGAUGAGGUAGCGAUUCGUCAACAGCUUCCAGGUAUCGCGCUACGAGAAUUCGCUACUGAGGGUCAGCAGAGUGUGUGGCUUGGUUUGUCGAAUCAGUUACUCCAGGUAGACCUGACUCUGUGGCCCUAUCAGGCUGGGAGCACUGAUUUCUCACGGUUUUUGCCAGAUUAUGAGGCCAGAGAUGACGCAUUCUCUGCCGGGUCCGGUGGUCACGGAGGACGUCUCCGCAAAACAAGGUCCUUCGAUCUAGAACACGACUAUCUCAAUGCUAUGGAGCGACUUCGACACCUCGCUAUUGCUGAAAUCCCUGGCAACCUGGGGCUUCUCUUUGAGGUUCUUGAGCAACGAAUGCCAUUCGGUGGUGCGGAGCUGCUGCAGAUCAUUGUCUUAAAAGCUCGCUUAGCUGUUGGGGGUGAAGGACAGAAUUCCCAGCUCUUGUGUGGAGUUCUGCUUUCCUCGUACAUUCGGCCUCUUGGGACGCUGCUUGGAAAGUACCUAGUUCCUGCACUAGCAACCGCUGCAUCGGGAAGUACCGCUGCAGUUGAGGACGGAAGUCAGAGGAGAGGACCUCAACAAGCUCAGCCCUAUAUCAUGAACCUGAAGAAGAAACAGGAAGAACAAGCAAAUGCAAAAGGUACAACUAGUAGUUGUACAAGAAAGAAGAGUUCUAAUACAUCUGCGAAAGACUCCGGAGAGUUAGAUCUAGAAGCUUUGUUAGCUGCUGAAGGUAUCGGGAUUGGCGUCAAGGACUACUCUUCGAACUCGGCUUGUACUAGUACCACUUCUCAAGCUUCCGCACGUGACUACUUUGAGAAGGACGAAGCUAGAAAAUUUUUCGCAUCUUCAUCCUCUCGGUCUUCUUCUGUUGCCACUGCGACAACUCACAUUGCCUGCAAGACCUCCGUUCAAACUCUAAGGCAGACGCCUUAUCACGACACAUCCUCUUCAAUCUCACCAGCCGUCCUCGUUGCGUAUUACCACGCACUCGCCACGCUUCUAUCGUUAGGAGGUCGCCUCGCACCAGCAGACGACAUGCUCAAAAUGGCUGAGAUCUGCGUAGACCUCUGUGACUUCCUAAACAACGAUGCGGAAGUGCGCAUGGCCUCUCUGGAGCUCGUGUUAGCUUGUUUAGAGCAGUUCAAAGGUGCUACUUCUACUUCGACGUUCUGCCGUUGGCUACUGAACUUCGAAGUGGCUCGCAGUGUGGAGGGAAAUUUUAGUGUUUCCCGCUCUGUCGCCAGGCCUAGCUGCAGUGCUUUGACGAGUCAAACUUUGCUCAGACCACAGUCCUCUAGUACGUCUUGUUCAAAUAAAAAAUCCACUUCUACUAGCCUCUCCGUCAGCCACGCUUCUGUAUCAAUUUCAACAACUACUAUGAAUAGCUCCGUCUUAGGGAGUUGUCAAAGUGGUGGGGCGGAGGAAGCUAUAGCGAGAUGGUACCAUGAGACGACAGCCCGGUCGGCGAGUGCACUGCAGCAGAAUUUCUUCUACCUCAUGUCCACUACAGACCCCAACUCAGAGUGCAGGGAGAAGGCUGCGAUCAUCUUGCAUGCUAUAUGUUGUAUGGAUUGAUCCUAAUAAAUAGUUUGCAGCUGGUCCACUCGUUAAACACCGUCUACUUAGUCCAUUCAUCAUCACUAUCAGGAUGAUGUUGGAAAGACUUUUCAACUACAGCCCCUGUGCAGCUUCAGGACUGUUCUCGCGCACUCUGCUCCUUUAUUCCUUUUCUCCCUAAACACAACUGAUACACCAAGUCGACUUUCCUACAU